AUGGAACGCCCAAUGGUUAUGUUCAAUGUAGGCAUUUCUGUGAACACUUCGGCCAUGGCAACUGAUCUUGGUAACGAGUCGUGCAAGUCGGGGCAUCUCUGCAACGGUUCAGUCCAACUCGACCCCCCUUUUCUGGUAGAUGCCUGGCUGGUGCCGCUGUUCUUCGCUCUUCUUAUGGUAGUUGGGCUGACAGGAAACUCGCUGGUCAUCUAUGUGAUAUCUAAACACAAGAAAAUGCGGACAGCAACGAAUUUCUAUAUUGCUAAUCUGGCGACCACUGAUAUCAUUUUCCUGGUGUGCUGUGUACCGUUUACUGCCAUGCUGUACCCGCUGCCCAGCUGGGUUUUCGGGGAAUUUAUGUGCAAGUUCGUCAUUUAUAUACAACAGGUGUCUGCGCAGGCAACCUGUGUGACGCUGACGGCGUUGAGUGUGGACCGCUUGUACGUCACUGUCUGCCCCCUACGUUCUUUGAGCUGUCGCACCCCACAAGUUGCGACUGUGGUCAGUGUGGGAAUCUGGAUAGGAUCUUUCCUAGUAUCUGUUCCUGUACCCAUAUAUAGCACGACCAUGGUGGGGGACUGGUAUGGUCCUCAGGUCUACUGCACAGAGAGCUUCCCCUCUGUGUUCCACAAGAAGGCUUUCAUUCUGUACAACUUCUUGGCUGUCUACAUGCUCCCACUUGUCACCAUUUCUGUGUGCUACGUGAUUAUGUUGUAUCAGAUGGGCCACACUGCUGUGGAGCCAAUUGAAAACAACCACCAGAUACAGCUCAUGGCGGAGCGCUCAGCUGCCACGAGGACCAAAGUGUCACACAUGGUGGUAGUGAUAGUACUGCUGUUCACCUUGUGCUGGGGCCCCAUCCAGUUCUACAUCCUCGUGCAGGCCUUCAGUCCGUACUUCCGUCACAACUAUUGCACCUACAAGCUGAAGAUCUGGGCCCACUGUAUGUCCUACACAAACUCGUGUGUCAACCCCAUUGUCUACGCUUUCAUGGGUGCCAACUUCCGCAAGGCCUUCAAAAGGGCUUUCCCCUGCAUCUUCAAGCAGCGUGUGGGUGUGGCAGUCCCUCAGCCACCGCAUGGCACUGCCAACACUGAGAUGCAUUUUGUCUCGUAG